AGUAAUUACGCUUUAUUUAUUUUUUCCGCGAACUUUUAGGUGUCUGCUGGUGUUCAUUGUUAUUGUUGAGCCUUGCCUCGAAGGGUUUGUCGAGGAGUAUCUUGUGAAUUGCUGAUAUGUGAAAAAAUAUAGCUUUUUAAAACAGUAUAUCAGUAAUAUUAAUCUACACAGACAAUGCAGUUUUUCUUCAUUUUUUUAAAAGAUGUUUAAUGCAUUGUCAUGCAUUAAACAUCUGUUAAAUAUUUCUGACGGCAUGUCGUUAGUGUCUAGAACUAUGUUAUUUGUGUUUUUCUCAUUAAAUUUUUUGAUGGUGCUAUGUCAAGAAUUGCCAAAACUAAAUCCUUUGUCAUUACCUGUCGAUUUGAAGGUCGAAUCUCGAGCAAAGAUUCUGUGCGUCGCUUCUUCUGGCGAUCAGCCGAUCGAUUUCGAGUGGUUGAAAGACGGAGUUGUCGUAAAUUUCGGAAAAAUCGAGCAAUUGGAUGAAUCAACUUCUUCUCUUACGCUUCAACCUUUGAAAUUAGAUGAUAUUGGAAAUUACACAUGCAAGGCGUCUAAUAGUAUUGGAAGUGAUUAUGUCACGGCUCCAUUAUUUAUUACUGCUCCUCCUUGGUGGAUCAUUGAACCUGUUGAUUUAAAAAUUCGCAAAGGAUCCAAUGCUAUGAUACAAUGCAAAGCUGAUGGUUCUCCCAAAGUUAAAGUCACUUGGACAAAACAGUCUGAAAGUCACCAGACAGCUGUCUUUAUGAAUCUCCCAAGCAAUAUUCACGUCUUUGAAAAUGGCACUCUCUCGAUAUCUAAUGCCCGAGGAUCGGACAACGGAGUUUAUAUUUGUAUUGCAUCCAAUGGGAUUGGAGCAGAUUUACAAAAGGAAGUUCACCUAAUGGUUUAUGAAUAUCCGGUUGUUGAAAGGAUAGUCGACCAUGUCGUCGUUGAACGAGGAGAGAAGGUCCAUAUUUCUUGUUUGGCAAAGGGAGACCCUCCUCUUUCAUUCACCUGGAAAAAAGGCACGAAAUACCUAAACGAGUGGUAUUCUAACUCUGACAGGAUAUCAUUUUUGGAGUUACCUACCACAGAAAAUGUGCAGUUCACUAUUUCAAUUGAAAACACAGAUUUGGAGGAUGAAGGAUUGUACACGUGCAUUGCCAGAAAUGAAUUUGGUUCUGAUCAAAAAGACGUACGCCUCUUACUUGUUGAACGUCCUGCUGCUGUUCAAUCUGUAGACUUGAUUGAUAUAUGGAGUAGAAGUGUCCGUAUACGGUGGUCAACACCUGACAAUGGAAACAGUGCUAUAUUGAGUUAUACAGUUGAAUAUUGGACUACACCUGGUAAUAACAGUUCCCCGCUCUCCCUCCGGGAAAUCCCCACUGCUUCCUCGUCGUGCACAGGGAUCAGCUUACGGCUUNUUUCAGAACGUCCUGCUGCUGUUCAAUCUGUAGACUUGAUUGAUAUAUGGAGUAGAAGUGUCCGUAUACGGUGGUCAACACCUGACAAUGGAAACAGUGCUAUAUUGAGUUAUACAGUUGAAUAUUGGACUACACCUGGAGGUCAUUGGAAUACAACAGUCCCAAGUUCAGCUUCCUCCUGUAUUUUACGAGAUUUAAAACCAUUUCACCAGUAUACUUUUCAUAUAUGGGCUAGUAAUUCUAUUGGAAAUGGUGAACCUUCUGAAGAAAUUCAGUUUACUACUGCUAAAGAAGAGCCUUCAUCACCACCAGUUGAUGUGAAAAUUGAAGAUAUUGGUUCAACUUAUGUUCGACUAUCGUGGAAGUCCCCUCCCCGUGAAACAUGGAAUGGAGACUUGACUGGGUAUUACAUUGGAUAUAAGCAAAGCUCUUCUUCUCUUCCCUUCACUUUCAAUACUGUGGAAGCGGAUGAAACUCAUUCAUACGAUUACAUAUUGAGGGGUCUGAGGAGGUCAACACGUUACGUGAUUUCUGUGAGGGCCUUCAAUGAGGUCGGAAGUGGACCCCCGAGUGAAGAAACUUCUUUCAAAACACAUAACUUAGAGCCUGUUCCUCGACCUAGUCUUCUGGUCCAAGAUAUUGGUUCCACUUAUAUUCAAAUUAAAUGGGUUUCUGACGAUACAGUGAAGCUGUCAACCACAGCAUAUGUAAUACACUAUAGAAAAAGUGGUAACAAAUGGAGUGAAAUACUAGUUCCAACUGCUGAACAGGACAUCUAUACCUUGACUAAUUUGGACUCUGGAGCACCCUACCAAGUUUACGUGACAUCCCACGGUGAAACUGGCAUCAGCGAACCGAGCGAAAUAGCCACUGUGCGAACUUCCCCAGAAGCAAUUUUCCACGUGCCACCUCCCACAUCAGCUCACGCCCAGCCCCCGGUAGAUGACGCCACUCAAAUACUCUACAUCAUUGUGCCUGUUGCAGUGGCUACCGUGAUUAUUGUUAUUGUGAUUGUUUCUGCUUGUGUUUAUGUUUAUUCGAAGAGACCUCUACCUGCUUUGAGUCAAACCUAUGGAGAUCUUCCAGUAACAAAAAACUUCAGUUAUAUGGCAACAGCCCCUCGUCAGCGAGAUAUUCCAAUCACAAUCAGUGGUGGAAAUGUGAUUAAUUACGGUUCCCCUUAUUCCACUGUUCCUCUAACCAGGCCAGAGGAAGAAGAACCCAUUUAUGAAUCUGUUGUUGGGGACACGCUGCACAGAAUCAAACAAAGAUGCUUUGAUGAUGAUUUUAAAGGAGCAACCAUCGUGUGACAUCUUUGCGUGUAGUAUUAACUAACUGUGAUUGUGAUAAUAGUUGUGCGCAUGAAAAUGAUUUUAAUACAAGAACACUUUACGUAAAUUUUCACCUGAAUGUGUGUGUGUAUAUAUAUAUAGAGAGAGAAAUUUUGUGACCUUGAAACUAUUUAUAUUUAUAGUCGACCUCAAAACUAUUUAUCAUUUUGUUAUGAAAGGGUAGCAGCAAACUUUGCACUUAUUUGUUAUUUCACAGUGGAUGAUUUUCAUAUCUAAAAUUAUUUAUGCACUUUAAUUGUUAUUUUGUCAUCAACACUCAUUUUUGCAAACUUCUGAAACGUUUUUCCUUUUAAUUUGUGGAGAAAAAAAAUUGUGAGUUUCUGAAUGGAAAAUAUGGUUUAGAAAAUAUAAACAUGAGCCACAUUAAUAAUUUUCAAUGUAAAGUGCACAUAAGAAGUGUGAAUUUUUUUACAAAUUGCAUAAAGAAUUGUUAAUUUUUUUUUAAUUAAAUAAGUCAGAUAAAAAAAAUUCUGUUUCAUGAAAAAUUUGAUUUCAUUUGUGAAGAGGGAGCAAAAGUUCUACUUUUUGCAUAUUGAGAAUCUUAUUUUGUCAGAUGGUUAUUAUCACUGCUGUAACUCAAAUUGUAUUGCUUCCAAUGUUUAAGAAUUUUUUGAAAGCUAGUCAGAAUUCUUUCAAAAAUUUUAAUAUAUUGUAAUGCUUUCAAUAUUUAAUGCAUUUUCAUCUUUAUAAUUCUGCUGCUAAGCAUUAAAAUGUUAGUAUGAAAAAAAAAUGAAGUCCUAAAGGGGGAUUAGUAAUAAGGAGUUGGUGAGGUAAAAUCAAUUGUAUUAUCGUUACUUUAAAGUGCUAUUUCUUUGAACUAAUAAAUUUGAAAUGAAAAGUUUGUAAGAGAAUUGCAUCCUGUCUUUGUUUCUCUGGUGUUCUGGUUUUAUACAUGUAUUUUCAGAAAAAAUGGCAAACCUCAGAAACAAGGAUAGAAUGCUGUUCUCUUACAAACUCCACAUAUAUAUAUANCAAAAAUACUGGGAAUAAAAAGCUUUUUUAAAAAAUUUUCUUCUUCAAUAAAGUGCUUUUUUUUAACGAAUAAAAUAAGUUUAUAAAUUAGAAAAGUUUGUAUUUCAACUGUUCAUAAACAGUUUUUCGACCGAUCAUAGAUCGUAUUUGCAGUUACUCUAUCUACUUAAUGAAUUUAUGCGAACAAUUUAUUUUUAAUGAGCUUAGAUUUUUAUUUUGUGUUAAGUUUUAGGGUUUUCGCUGGUGGAUUGUUUAGAGACAAUCCUUUUUUAAAUUCUAUCACUGUGAAAUUAUAUCUAGACCAGUGGUUCCAAAUCCCAUCUUUUUUUAAUUAUUUUAGACCACAAAUUUGUAAAAAAAGGAAAAAAAAACUUGCAAGGCUCACUGACUACUAAAUGUACUUGUAAAAAAUAUGAUGAUAAAUGAACAUCUAUUAUGUAUGUAUAACAAAUGAAUGCAUAAAUACAGUCUAUGUGGCCAAAUUAUUAGACGCACUUUAAGAUUCUAUGUAAAAUCUUAAUUAUCAGUUGAUAGUCUAUACAGCUUUAUUGUUUUUACACCACUGUUUGAACUACUUUACGUUAGUGUAUCAAUUAGUUAAAUUAGACGAUAGGAUGAAUUAAACAAUAUAUUAUAUAAAUAUGGUGUAGAAUAUUUAUUACAUCAAGCAUUAUAUUAGUAUAUUAUAAUAAUUAUACCAAAUUAUCAGACGCACUGUAGUUUUUUAAUAAUUGCUUUACAAUAUUAACCAAUUGAUAAACAAACGUAAACAAGUGCAAACCGGUUUCAGUUGUAUAGUAUUACCUGAUAAUUAAGAUUUUGCAUAGAAUAUCAUUGUGUGUCUAAUAAUUUGGCUAGGGAGUGUAUUUAACAUUCGAGAGGAAGUGUUGACCUUGAUGUUCGACUGAAAAAAACAGAUGGUGUGUCUUCCUUAUUAACUGUAGGCCAACAAUGGAGUCAAUAGUGGCUAAAGCUUUUGGGUGACACCGCGUCUCACUAGCGCUAGUGAAUCAUACCAAGAAACUGAAUUUAGACACCAAGAUUUAUCUUAGACUCUUGGCCUGUAUUCACGGCCCAGUUCCACGUAACUCACCAGCUGAUAAUUGCUGGUUUAAAUAUAUAAUUACGCAUUCAUAUAUAGUUGUAAAUAUCAGAGUUUUUAUAUAUAUAUAGAUAGAUACGUAUAAAACGUGCUUUUAGAAAUAUAAAUUAAUUUUUUUUUUGUUCACGUGGUUGAGAUCUAUUGAAGAAUUUGUAUAGUUAUUUGAAUUGAAUUGUAAACAAGGAUUUGAAAAGGGCUUUAA